GGAGCGGCAGGAGGGGCCGGAGCAGCGGGAGCACCGGGAGCGGCAGGAGGGGCCUGAGCAGCGGCAACACCGGCAGCAGCAUGGUGGUGCCGCCGCUGCUGCGCGCCGUCAUCAUGGGGCCGCCGGGCUCCGGCAAGGGCACSGUCUCCGCUCGGAUUAUCAAGCACUUCGGCGUGAAGCACCUCUCCAGCGGCGACCUGCUGAGGGACAACAUGCAGAAGAAGACAGAAGUGGGGAUCCUUGCCAAGGCCUACAUUGAUCAAGGGCAGCUUAUUCCAGAUCACAUAAUGACACAACUAAUGCUGAAUGAGCUAAAAAAUCUAGACCGCUGCAACUGGCUAUUGGAUGGUUUCCCCAGAACAGUUGCUCAGGCAGAAGCCCUGGAUAAAGAAUGUCACAUAGACACUGUGAUUGACUUAGAUGUGCCAUUUGAGACCAUAAAAUGUCGGCUCACAGCACGCUGGAUCCACCCUGCCAGUGGCAGAGUCUACAAUCUUGAAUUCAGUCCUCCCAAAGUGCAGGGUAUUGAUGACAUUACUGGUGAGCCGCUUGUUCAGCGUGAUGAUGACAAGCCAGAGACUGUCAGCAAGAGGCUACAGGCUUAUGAUGCACAAACAAAACCUGUUCUAGAGUAUUAUCGGAAAAAAGGAUUAUUGAAAUCCUUUUCCGGAACAGAAACCAACAAGAUCUGGCCACAUAUCUAUGCUUUCCUUCAAACCAAGUUGCCCGAUGUGAGCCAGAAAGAUGCUACCGUACCCAGGUGAAAACAGGUCAAACUUCCGUUCAUGUGUUUGCUCCCUCCCAAUUAAUGAGAUUCAGCAAUCAAGGAUUUGUACAAGUAGUCUACCAGACUCAUCAAUAAUUAAAGUCUAAUGCUGUCCGUAACUUACAUUAUGAUAAAAUUUUGUUGCCUGUGGUUAUCACUUUAAUGCUGUAUUUUUUUAUAUUAAAUAUACCUAAUUUUACACUACUGUAAUUGUCUUUAACAAUAGYAGCUACUCUUGUGUCUUGUAUUUGGAAAUGUUUGCAAAUAUUGACUGGGAAAGGAAAUUUCAGAUUUCAGAAUACAGCUUAAUUAGACAGCACAUUGACUGAUUUACUCACUCAUUAAAUGAAGCAAURAUAAGACAUGAAAACACAUUUCUUGAACAUGUGCUUAGCUGGGGCUAGCUAGAAGCUGUGAAGAACCAUGACCACAAGUCUUCAAAAAUCAUUUCAGACCAGAACUGGCACAUCUGURAAUUGAUCUUAUUUACCUUAUAGGUUUGCUUGUACGGAUGUUAGCUGGUUUUAUUGGCUUAAACUACACUUAGUAACAGGGCAAAUCAUCUAAGCAAGUAUUAUAUUUCUGCCCUCAGAGCRCCUAUCUUGCAGGCAUGGGAGAUGGAGUUUCAAUUAUGUGUAACACAUUUGGUAAAGCCUCUGCCUUGUAACUGUGUAAGACUUUGUCAGUAAGUGCACAUACACAACAGAUUAAAUGUAAUCUGGUAAACCUGUAGCUAGAUGAUCUUGACCAGUGAAUGUGUCUUUUCUACUAUCUUUUGAAAACAGCAYGUGCUCACUGAUGCCAGUGCCAGCGCCCCACUUUUCUAGUGGUCAAAAUAUAACUUUGCUAUAUUACGGUAGCAAUUUUUAUUGUAGCAAUUGGACUGGUUUUCAUAAGAUUGUCUUUGACCAGCUCUUGCAUUUAUUCACUAGAUAACUGGAAUUACAAACCUCCACAUUUUUUGACAACUCAGGUAAUGCAGACAUUGCUAUUUUUUAGUGAAUUCUCCCAGCCCUUUUUUUAAUGCUCACCAGACUGAGAGUUUAAAGAGUCAGCAAAACGUGAAGAACAAACAGCUAUGCCUAGGUGAUCUCUGAAGUAGCUGCUUCCUAGUAAUGCAGGUUCUAAUCUCCUUUAGCAGUGACUAAACAACUAGAGUUGGUGUGUUUACAUACCUUGGAUUGCACUUGCACAUCCAGUUUUAGAUUAUCAGUAUUGAGACACAUUUGAGUAUAAAAAAGAGAUGGUCAUUGUAARAUUUGUAGUUUUCCCAUUACUAUAAAUAAACAAUAUGAACAGCAGCUAUCACUACAAUUGGUUUUCCUUAUAUUUACAAGAAARGAUGCCAAGAAGGUUGACCACUUGUACUGUUCUGUUGAGAUAUGUCUACAUAUUACUUUGAGAAACCCUAAUUUGCUGCUUACUUACAUGUUCACAUUUUGGUUUCAAUAAAAACCAGAGGGUUUUUUUGCCAAACUAGAGAAGUUUCAGUGAGCUAGAAGCAGUAGGGGGAGAGAAUCUCCUUGUUAUUUGACACUUAUUUCCACACCAUCCAAUUUUAUCCCCUUAGAAACUUAAAAAAAAUUUACUGUAUAACAGGUUACUAGAUCAAUAGCUCUACUGUUACGGGUAGCAACUGCAAGUCACUGUGCUACACUGCCCUAACUACCCUUGCAUGUAACAUUCAGUUAAAAAACAACCUGAAGUUACUAGUUUUCCCUUGUUUCCCUUAAUAAUUAACUAAUUAUUAAGGAGGAGGCAGUGUUACUUAUCCUUAUUGAAGUAACUGUCAAACUUAAAAAAUACAAGUUUCUGCUGGAUCUGGUUAUCACCAGUUUGCAUAUGGGACAGAACUGCUCCAUGCUCUUUUAUCCUCAGUCUGUCUGCAAAAGAAAGCUAGAGAACACAAGUCGCACGAAAAGCUACUGCAUUUGUCCUAGUAUUCUGGUAUAUUCUGCAGACUUACUUUUCCAUGUCUUGGCUGUAGGCAAAGCUGAAAAUUACUGGGUUCUGUUUCACAGAAUCAUAGAACCAUUAAGAUUGGAAUAGACAUCCAAAAUCAUCAAGUUCAACCUCUGACCGAUCACCACUCUGUCAAAUAAACCACAGCACUCGGUGUCUUGUCUAGUAAUUUCUUGAAUACUUGCAGGGAUGGURACCCCACCAAUUCCAUGGCCAGUCUAUUCUAAUGCUUGACAAUCCUUUCAGUGAAGAAAUGCCUCCUUGAUCCCCAACUUGAACCUCCCCUGGAACAGCUUGAGGCCAUYUCCUCUUGUCCUGCUGCUGGUUGUGUGGGAGGACAAACCCCACCUGGCUACAGCCUCCUUUCAGGAAGGUGUGGAGAGUGAUAGAGUACCCCUUACCCUCCUCUCCAGGCUAAACAACUCCAGCUUCCUCAGGAGCUCCUUAUAGGACUUUACUCCAGACCCUUCAUGAACCUUCUCUGGUCAGGCUUCAGCAUCUCAGUGUUGUUCUUGCAGUGAGGGGCCCAAAACUGAACACAGGAUUUGAGGUGUGGCCUCACCAGUGCCCUGGCCCUGCUCGCCCCACUGUUGCUGGUMCAGGCCAGGAUGCCAUUGGCCCUCUUGGUCACCUGGGCACAGCCUGGCUCAUGUUCAGCUGCUGUCACAAGCACCUCCCAGUCCUUUUCCUGGGGCUGCUUUCCAACRAAUCUGCCCCAAUCGCUGGCAGUGCCUGGGGUUGUUUUGCCUGAACUAAAAACUGGAGGGAGACUGUGAUCCCUGAAAUUUUGAAAACAGUAUGCCUCCCAGACCUUCUGUACAAUCAGAACAAUUCAGUAAAGAGUGGAGAGUGUGUACUGAUACCAUUAGCUGAGGCAUGAGCUGUCUUUGCUGGAGUCUUCCAAUUGCAGUAUACACUUUUAUGRACAGACCAGCAGUUCGAAAAGCACAGAAGAGUUCUUGAGUGCAAGGCUCUGUGGAAGACCGUGUCUAGAAUUAAUAUUUGGAUUUACAGCUUCUCAAACAGGAAGCUUUUAAUAAUUUUCCACUUUAUUGUUUGAGUUGACAACGUCAGAAACCAACUUCUUUUUAGAAUGUAUGAAGUACCUUUCAAACACUGCAUGACACCUUACCCAAUAUGACCAGUGACACCCAGUGAAAAGCUUUGUGUUUAAACUGAAGUCGUACAAAGGUUAGGCUAUCUCAAGUUCUCUUCAUCAAAUCCUUCUAUCAUAAUGAGACUUGAUUUAAAAAAACAGAAUCUGAAGUUACCCUUAUGAACAAGAGAGUCAGACUCUCAGGAAUCAUACAACUCAGUACUCAUUUGUAGACAAGUGUUGCUUAUGCUUUAGGAUUAAAUCAAGUUAAUGUUUAAUGAAAGUACAAUAUAACAUUUAAAUCCCCUUCGUAGAGGUAGAAAGUCAGUUUUUAAAUCUAAUCCAUUCAGAUCAGAAAUACUGAUACCAGAUACUGAUUUAUUGCUAUUAGUGAUAACCAAAUUUGAGAGCUUAUAUUGUCAGCAAGGUAGCAUGAAUACAGUUGCAAUCUCCAAGAUUCAGAGUAAAACAUAUCCACAUCUGUAGUAAGACAAUAGCAGAUUCUACCAAGAAUCUGUUGCUUCUUGUAAACAUUGUAUUUGUGCAGAUGUUUAAUUUCUAUAUUCAUGAAAGGCAAGGUUAGUAGCAGAAAACACAUCCAGUUUCACAUUCGGCAAUGUAAGAACCCUGCUCUUCAAGGACAACUAAAAACCUAGCAGCACAUUUCAAACAAUAUUACAAGUUUUUUCUUAAUUACCCACCCUUCAAAGUUGCUCCCCGCAAACCAAAUACAACCAACAAAAAUCUGACACGAAAAAUAAAGUGCAGUACCCAGAAAAAUAAGUGUCAAAAAAUAGCCAUGUUUGUUUCUUUGGGAAAAAAAAAACAAAGUGGGAAAAAAAAGAGUACUUGGCCUCAGUCUUAAAAGUACUAUAAUGUGUCCAUCAUUUUGGAUUCUUCUUCAUCUCUUUGUAUCACAGAGUUGAAACUGCAGACRUCUGUGUUUAUGGAACCCUGUAGAUCUCCGGUGUUCUGCAA